CCCCCUUCCAACCCCUCUGCCCUCUUUUCUAGUCGUUCCCUGUGUGCCUGGCCUUUGAACCUUGCGUUCCCUAUAUACAGGAAGGGUGGAGCUUCUAUAUUCUCCAGAACGUCCAUGAAGCUCCAGUCAGAGGGCGAGUCCGUCUUAUCCAAGUGUCUUCCAGGGCCCACCACGGCCCCAUAAUCCAGCAACCCACCCCAUAACCCAACACCCCCUUGUGCACCAACAGAAAUCCACCGAAGCAGGACCUAAGACCUUUGGCAGUUCUAGUCUAGGGUCCUCACUGGGUUUACAAGGACAAGCAUGGCCGACAAACUGGGACUGGCAGGUGUGGCGGACGAGCCCAGCACCCUGAACAUCUUCACUCUGUUAGAGAGGGUGUCUGGGAUCAUAGACAAUGUGCAGGCGUGCCAGCAACGCAUGGAGGAGAGGCAGCUGGAGCUGGAGAACACCGUGAAGACCAUCCAGGUGGACGUGGUGAAGUUGACGAAGGAGCACACGGCGACGAGUAGCACCGUGGAGAAACUUCUAGAGAAAACACGCAAGGUCAGCUGCCAUGUCAAGGACGUUCGUGUACGGGUGGAGAAGCAGAACAUACGUGUCAAGAAAGUGGAGGAAACCCAAGUCGAGCUGCUGAACAAGAACAAGUUCCGUGUCGUCAUCUACCAGGGAGAUGAUAAGGUUCCAGCUGUACCUGCUUCUAAAGCAUCUCCGAAGGGAGCAACGGGCGGAGAUGCUUCUGUAGACCCUGAUGCCCCAGAGGCCCUGCUUCCAGACUCAGAUGAGGAAUACAUGGUGGUUGAGGAGGCAGAAUCAUCUACUGCUGCCAAACUAAAGAAGACCGGCCUGAAGGGCAUCGAAAGCCUGAAGCAGACCUUCUCCCGUGAGAACAUGACUAAGACCAAAGAGAAUCUGGGCACCAAGGUCAACAAGCUGGGUGAGCGCAUAGUAACGGCCGAACGGCGUGAGAAAAUCCGCCAGUCUGGCGAGCGUUUCAAGGAAACCAUCACGAAAACCGUGCCAGCAAAACUCAACCUGAAGAAGGAAAGGACGGUGGCUGAAGGUCGGGAAGGAGCAGAAGGGACCACGGAAGGAACGGCACCUGUCCCACCACCGAAGGGCCGCAAGGCCAGCCCUGGCGUGGCCUACACGGAGCCAACAGAGAAACAAGAAGGUCCAGAUGAGGGCAAGGGCGAGGAAUCAGAAGUGCCGAUGUAUGAUAUGAAGCAGCUUUCUUAAGCGGCAAGUCUUGACAGUCAGAUUUGGGAAAGACUCAUGUACAGAUAUGAAUUUGAUUAUGGAGAACUUGAAGGUUGAAAGGUUGCGAAGAUGAGAGAUCUUGCUUCCAAGUGUGUGGAUAAGUGGAUGGUUCUAACGACAACUGAAUGAACGAAUUAAGGAAUUUGUACAUUACAAACAAUAUCCUAGAGUUUCUUUUUUUCUUUUCUUGUUUACAUCUGUUAUGGACUAUGAAGUGUUAUAAACUGUGUUAAACUAUGUACUGAGAUGACUAGGCUAUGGUUUUUAAUAUAAAUUCAGCCAAAAACAUGGUGCACUCAAGUGAUUUUCUUUGUCUUUAUACUGCCACCUAUGGGAGUGGAUGCAGCAUCGUGAAAAAUCAAGGUAGCAUAGUAGAUCCACUACAUCUAGAGUAAAACAUGUCUAAAAAUUGUUGAGGAAAAAUGACUGAGUGCACCUUUUAUGGAUUGACAUUAUUUGUUAGGUGCGUGUACAAAUAUUUUAAAGACAUUUCUUUGAAUAGCUGAAUUUACAAAUAAUUCGCAGAGAAGUAGCUUUUGGACUUUCUCUGGAGAACUUUAAAUAUAUUCUGGUGUCAACUGACAUCCAGCAUGUCAACAGUGGAUGAGUUAAGAAUAAAAUUUUUCAAUUUA